UCUGGCACUUCCUUAUCUUAAAAUAAAACUCAACUACAGAGAAAUUCUGCUUGAGAAUCAGCCUUAAUAAGAUAUUUAAAACCUAUGGUAACAGCUGUACCCCAAGAAAGAAGCAGGAGUUGGAGAUUUGCCAGCUAUCCUAGUUUCAUAGCACAUACCUUUUAUGUGUCCCUCGGUUUCUGUGAAAAUCAGCCUUGGAUUAUAAGUAGAAUUUAGAGAAGGAAAAAAACAAUUUUUGUUCAUUUCUUGCAGUAGCAGGUCCUUAAUUCAAGUUGAGGUUAGCAUCCAUCCCCAUUCCAUUCCAUUCCAUAUAGGAUGGAUGUAGCACCUCCCAGUUAUUGUUUUGUUGCAUUUCCACCAUCUACUAAAGAUGGCCAUGUAGUAGUUGGAAAAAAUUCUGCACGUCCUCGUGAUGAAGUUCAGGAGGUAGUUUAUUUUGCUUCUGCUACUUAUGAUCCAGGAUGUAAAGUUGAGUGCACAUACAUUGAAAUAGAUCAAGUACCUAAGACAAAUGCUAUUGCACUGAGCAGACCUUCCUGGCUCUGGGGGGCUGAAAUGGGAGCCAAUGAACAUGGAGUCUUCAUUGCUAAUGAAGCUGUGCUAGCCAGAGAAGCAGCCUCUGAAACUGAAGCUCUCCUGGGAAUGGAUCUUGUGAGACUUGGGCUUGAAAGAGGUUCAACUGCUAAAGAAGCCUUGGAUGUCAUUGUCUCGCUGCUGGAAGAAUAUGGUCAAGGUGGAAAUUACUAUGAAGAUGGAAAUAUGUGCCAUACUUUCCUGUCUGCUUAUCUGAUAGUAGACAGAAAAGAAGCUUGGGUGUUGGAUACUAUUGGAAAAUAUUGGGCAGCAGAAAAAAUUAUAGACGGAGUGAAGUGUAUUUGCAACUGUCUGUCCUUAACUACAAAAAUCGACGCAGAACACCCUGAGCUUAGAAGUUAUGCAGAAAGUAAAGGAUGGUGGAGCACAGAUAAGGAAUUCAAUUUUGCUGAAGUAUUUUCCCAAGUUGAUGAUUAUUCAAAUUGUUGUUUGGGGAUGGAGACCUUAAAAAAGCAAGAAGGCAACAUCACUGUGGAAACAAUGAUUGACCUAUUACGUAACAAGGCUGAGGGCAUCUCUGUGGAUUCAGACUCUUUUCUUACAACAGCAAGCAUGGUGUCCAUCUUACCUCAGAAUCUGACUUCCCCAUGCAUUCAUUUUUUCACUGGUACACCAGAUCCAUCCAAGUCCAUAUUUAAACCUUUUAUCUUUGUGGAUGGUGUGAAAAUAGUACCUAAAGUUCAAUCACCCAUUUUUGGUAGUGAAGAUCCUGUGAAAAAAAUUCCUCGGUUUCAGGAGAAACCUGAUCGCAGACAUGAACUGUACAAGGCGCAACAGCAGGCCCGAUUAGUCUUAGACAGUGAUGAGGAAAAAGGUCAGACAUUAAGAAGAAUAAUGUUAAACCUCGAAAAGCAGGGCUUGGAAGCAAUGGAAGGCAUACUCUCUAGCUCUGAGAUUCUUGAUUCUUCAGAAAUAGAAGACCUAUUUUAUGACUGUGUAGAUACAGAACAUAAAUUCUUCAAAUGAAUGCCCAUAGACACUGUUAGCCUUUGCACAAGAACAUAGAACUCUUCAAGCCUUGAAAGAUAAUCUCACCAUAUUGCUGAAUUUGGGAGGAAGUAUUCGUCUUUCUAGAGAAACUUUCCUCAGUAGCUGUAUCCAGUUAACAUCCUUUUUCAUUAUGUGUUGUCCUGUGUAUAUUGCUAAAAGAGAAGAUUCACUGAUUGGUUCAGUUAGUAGAUGCAUGCUGGCUAGUGUAAUGCUGGAAUUUUUAUUUUAUUUGGGUGCCAAAACUUUAGAAAUGAAUAAUUUUAGAAAAGACUAUAGAAGUCUCAAUGUUGCUUUCAAAUUAAGCAGGAUCUUUUUAAAACUUCUCUUCAAAAUAUUCAUUCACUUUCAAAGGAAAGAUGGUUCACUUUAUAACUUCUGAAUGAUAUUUUUGAAUAGAAAAUGUGGAAAUGUUUAAAAAAAAAAGGAAAUUCCAUUAUAAAGGGUAUAACUUUUAGCAAUGAAAUGCCUUUUCACUGAUGCUAGUUUGAAUGAGAAUGAAAUCAAUUUACAUAAACCUUAGAGAAAUAGCCUACCUAGUUCUCUAUUCCACAUUAUUUCAUAUUUCUUUGUGCUGGAUUUGAAACAUUUAUCCAAAAGUUUGGUUUAUAAUGUUCCCAAUAUUAUUGAAAAUUUGUUGGAAAGGUUUCAACUGAGGUAGAAUGUCAGGAUAUCUUCUAAUACCUUUGCUUUAGGCAGCUAAUAAGUCUGUUACUACUUUGCCAAAUAGCAGCAGUCAUUUAUAGCUACUUAAAUAGUAGAACAGGAUCUAAUCCAGUAAACAAUUACCAUUGUUAUAUAAUUAUGAAUACUAAAAUAGCCUCAGAUGAGCAAGAUUAAAUUUGCACUUUGAUUGACAGUUAAUGAGAUCAGCAAAUUUGCAUUUGCAGCAAACCAAGAUUGAGUUAAAAUGGUAUGUGCGGUAAUGACAUAACUCCACAUUCGUGUACUUGCAUCUCAUUGUCUGACAGAUAUGUAACUUGAGUUUUGUGUUAUGAUGCAUAUUUCCCCAUGUUCACCAAUAAUAUAAAAUUAUAUUUACUUUCUUAAAGUGACUGACAGUGAAAGUGUUGUUUACCUCCAGGUUUUUGUAUCCUGAAUCCAUUCUCUUAUAUAAGUUGCUUAUUGUCCGUGCAUCCAGAUAACAUUGGACAUUACCAAGUUCAUCUUGGCCAUCAGCAAGUCAUUCCUCCUCCUGUUGACUUCUUAAUGAAAAGAUGGAUGUAUGGCAGAGAUGAAAUCUACUUACCUUCCUUACUGGUUCAGAAGUGCACGCGCUGCGCAUGCACGCUCGUGUGCACUCACACAUCACAUGCGGGCGUAGACCCUCUGUGCAUGUGCAAAACCUUUUGCGUAUGCACAGAGGGUAAAAAACACAUUACUUCCUGGGUAAAACCAGGAAGUAACGACACCUGGGCGGGUGGGCAGAGCCUCGUGCUGCCAUUGCUACCGGUUCUCCGAACCACCUGCCACAAUCGCUACCGGAUUGCCCUAUCCGGUCCAAACUGGGAGCAUUUCACCCCUGAUGUAUGGAAGAAAAUGAUUGUGCAGGUGAAGCCAUUAGGCAGUGACAGGUGAUCAGAUUCUAAUGUCAAAACUAUGGUGCUAAUCCUAUAAUUCAAAACAUCAGGAUUCUGAUGUUAUAAAACUUCCAGCUAUCAACUCCCAACUAAACUAUUGUGAUCAGGUCACAAAUGCUGUUUAUAAUGUUCUUAACUAGGGACACUUAUAAAACAGAUUUCAAGAAUGACACACAGAUUCAUGAAGUAAAUAAUAGUUUUAAAAAUUAUGCAGGAAACUAAGGAAAGUAUUUUUCCACUGUACAAGGAACAGUGUAAUUUUGAAGGGCCAGACUUUUUCUAGUUCUUCCAAUAUAUUUUGUCACUAUGGAGAUCUACAAACUUUCCUUAGUCUGUAUAUCUGUAUGGACAGUUUGUAUAGCAAACAGCUAUUAUUUUAUGGUUUAAAAUUUCAAAGAAUAAUGGCAUCAAAGGUUGCUGAAAAAGGGGAAAAAAUCCAUAUUGUAAAUGCAUUGAUUUGAGGACAUUUUCUGUAAAACUCCAAAUGUUCCAACUGUGCUACAAGAUUUGAUCAUGCUCUCUCCCUGAGGAUAUGUUGGAAUGUAUAAUAUCUGAUUGAAGCAGAAUUAGUACAUUUUUAGGUAUUUCUUGUAGGAAGUUGCUAUCAGGAGUUUGACGUCAGUUGUGAUAUAUGUAUUAGACAUUUAUGAUUGACCAAAUUAAUAAAUUAUUUCUGCACAGAAAAAA